ACGACAAAUUACAUUGAAAAUGACCUUCUAAUGAAGGUACUUGACUGGUACUCGGGUUUGGCGUUGCACGACGCCGGAUGUGAAUUUCGUUUUUGAGUAAUAAAUUGUUUUAGUUUUUUUUUCGCUUACACUUUCAAUUUAUAUUACGAAGUCGACAGCAAAACGUAUUAGUUUAUUUUAAAAUAGUUUAAUGCAAAAUGGACGCUCUUGAUCUUACGACUGGAGAACGUUUGAGUGGGCUCAAGUUUUUUCCAAAAGGAAGUCGAAGAAAAGCAGCUGCACCUCAGAGAAGGAAUCACACUGAAGAUAUAAUGAAAUCGUCUGCUGCGAGCGAUAAAGAAAUGGAAACGUUACAGAAUGAUAACGAAGCCAAAGUAGAGGAAACCAAUUUGGGCUCAUCAUCGCCACACUCUAGCAACAGCAAUUUGGCAAAAUCUGAAAACGAGAAACUAGCCCCUGAAGAUCUAAAUCCAGUUACACCACCAACAGGAGAACCUGAUUUUGUAGCAAAAUUUGCAGAACGUAUUUUACAAACUAGAAAAAGACAAUCAGAUUCCGACAGUCAGCGGUUCGAAACGGGCCUUCGACAAUUUCAUCUCGACAGUGCUAGUGACAAUAACAAGAACGACAACAAUAAUAACAAUUCUAACACAGAUUCACCAAACAAAAAUGAAUCUGAGAAUGAUUUUCAGUCUCCCUCGCCUUCCAGUGAUUUGAUAUUGGCUCAUGUCCCAUCGUCAUCUUCAACUUUCACAAUGGAUGAUUUAAUGCAACAAAGGCUCAGACGAUAUCUUGAUGACGUUCAGCCCGCAGAAGCUCCGGGAAUACCAGAAAGAACAAAGAAACAGAAUCGUUGGGCUUUCAACGUGUGGAGGGAAUGGGCUCGUAAAAGAAAUAUGCUGGAAGACAGCUUCGCUGGACCGUAUAAAGGUGUUCCACUUGAUGUCGGCCAAGCUACCGAAGAAGAAUUAGACUAUUGGUUGUGCAACUUUGUCAGGGAAAUCCGUAGAAAAGAUGGCAAUCCCUACCCCCCACACACUCUGAUGCAAAUUGUCAUGGGAAUCCAACGCUACUUGAGACAACAAGCUGGAAAACCAACUAUAUGUAUUCUUGACAGAAGCAAUGCCAUUUAUAGUAAUUUUCGAUCUGUUCUCGAUUAUCGUAUAAAAGAACUUACUAACAAUGGAGCAACAUCAUUAAAAAGUGUUCCAAGAUCAUCACUUUUAAAUCAAAGCGAUAUUAAUCUUAAUAGAAUUCCUAAAAGCGACCUAUUGUCAGCUGCUCAUGACAGAUAUGCCAAAGAAAAUUUGGAAUGGAAGAAUAGGGGGCUGAACGUAGAAAGCGCUCAGGGAUUGCUGAAUGCAGUUUUCUGGCAUAAUCACAAAACUUUUGGUAUCCAGUAUAUUGAUGAUCACUGGAAUCUACGAUCAGAAAAUUUCGCAAUUCAUCAAAGGGACGACGAAAAGUCUUCAAUGUAUUUAGAGUUCACUCCCUCUCUCACAUCUAUGAUGGUGGCUACUGGUAAAUCUAAUGGAAUCCGCAUAACCCCAAAAAGAAUUUAUUCGGAUGUGACAAGUGAACGGGAAAUAUUUGCGGUAUAUGAAAAAUAUUUAUCACAUAUUCCGAAAUCUGGACCAUUCUAUCGGCACCCAGUAGACCCAACCAUUGUCGAUCGUUCAAUUAAGUUUUCAGAUCAAUGGAUUGGUAAAAAUAGACUUCGCGCUAUGUUAAAACAUCUCAUAGACGCCGGUGGAAAUUCGUGCCGUUCAAAAUCCUACAAUGUCACGAUGCAAGGGCGACAAAGCAUUUCGCCGAUGGGCAAUUACGUCACGCCACUCUUGCAACUACCAGUCCAUCAUCAGACGAAAUUUCCAACAAAAAUGAUUCAAGAUAACAUUGAAUUGAUGAAACCAUUGUUAAGACUAGCUCAAGGCAAUUACAUUUCCAGAGAUCACGACGAGGAUUUAUUUCGUGAUAACGACUCCCCAUCACCAAAACGAUCAAAAGUCGACGAAUUCGAAGAUAGAAAGAGUGGUAUUCUUCCGACAAAUGGGACUUCCAAAAUUCCAGUUGAUAAAGAAAUUGUUAGGAGUCCCUCAAGUGCAGUAGAAGACGAAGGUUUAGAGAUUGCUGUUCCAAAAUCAAUCCAUUCUAUUACUGUUUUGAAAGGGGGCAGGAAAAUCACAUUCCAUCUUGAUUAGCUUAUUGGAAACUUCUUCGAUUUGAUCUGCUACUUUGUGCAUUGAAACUGGAAAGAUAAAAAAUUACCGUUAUUGCUUUACGUGUAAAAAUAUUAACAUAUGUUAUAGUACGCAGACAAUUUCAUCCAUAUUUUUUUUCAUAUAUUGUAUCAUUUUGCAUAAUUUGAAUAUUUACUUUUUUCUCGUCAAAGAGCAGAUUCGUGAACUGAAGAUUAUUUGUAUGUUGUAAAAUAAGUUUCAAAUGAAUUUCAAGGCUGUUGAACGUCAGGUAGAUGGCGAUGCGAAUGUGUUCUUGUGACAAACUAUUGUUGUGCAAACACACCAAAUAGGUUGUGCAGUAAUACAUAUUCAUAAUUGUAGGAUGUUUCAACCAAAGUGCGGCCUCUCGCAUCAAAUUCCAAAAAUUCUGUCUUUCCGUAUAUAUUCAGUAGGUUUGGAAUUAGAAAAUAUUAUUAAUAUACAUAAAGAAAUAGUCAAUUUUUGACACCCGGUGACGUAAUGAAAAAUAUGAAAAAUUAAAGGAACAGUAACUAAAAUACUACAAUCAAAACCAAAUACAGAUAGAAAUUUUUUUAACUCAUACUUUAUAGCUGUGAGAGAGAAAUUUACAAUACGUGGGACGCUUUUUAUUAGUAGAUCCAAUAUAGGAUGGAUUUCCUAAUAUGUGUGCC